AGCCACCGCUGCAUUGAGUUGGGUGUCUCACAAACUUCGCACCGUUAUGGCGGCGACGGCAUCUGCAGCGUUGUGCCCCGCGGCGGUUCUCACCGGAGCUCGCAUUCCCUCGCCUGUCGUUGCCACUGCUCGAGCCACCGUCCGCUUCUUCUCUCCGCCUCGACUUUAUUCUUCGUCCAAACUCCUCCAUCUUGACUCCCAAUCGCAAGAUGUUUGCAGAUUCUUUUCACUCCGUGCAAGAGCUUCUUCAGAUGAGUCAUCUUCCUCUGCAGAUGAUGUUCUUGCAGAUUUGAAGGCGAAAUGGGAUUCACUGGAGAACAAAUCCACUGUGCUCUUAUAUGGCGGCGGUGCACUUGUAGCGGUGUGGCUAUCAUCGGUUGUUGUUGGGGCAAUCAAUUCAGUUCCUCUGCUUCCAAAAGUCCUGGAGUUAGUAGGUCUUGGAUAUACUGGAUGGUUUGUGUACCGGUACCUGCUUUUUAAGGAAAGCAGAAAGGAGCUUGCCAGUGACAUUGAAGAUUUGAAGAAAAAAAUUGCUGGCUCAAGUGAAUGACUUCGGUUAACCGGCAAUUCAAGGAGUUCAUUAGCAUUUUACAAUUGAGAAUUUUUAUCGUGAUGCCCAUAUUUAUUUAUUAGCUAUACGAUUAUUAGGAGGUGCUUAUGCAAUCGUUGAUUUGUUAGCUGGCAAUCCAAAGAUUAUGACUUUCUGUACAAGACCAAUAACUAGUAUUUUCUCUUGUGUUGUAUGAUGAUGAUUUUCUUAUAUUGAAAUCACAAUCAGGUAA